AGUCCAGAUGGAAAAUACCUAGCCAGUGGAGCGAUCGAUGGGAUUAUCAAUAUUUUUGAUAUUGCAACCGGGAAACUUGUCCACACGCUGGAAGGUCACGCCAUGCCUAUCCGUUCCUUGACGUUUUCUCCAGACUCUCAGCUGCUUGUUACAGCAUCAGAUGACGGCUACAUCAAGAUAUACGAUGUACAGCAUGCCAACUUGGCGGGCACUCUGAGUGGCCAUGGAUCUUGGGUAUUAAAUGUAGCCUUUUGCCCUGAUGAUACCCAUUUUGUUUCCAGCUCGUCAGACAAAACUGUCAAAGUCUGGGACGUGCCUUCCAGGACCUGUGCCCACACCUUCUUUGACCACCAAGACCAGGUCUGGGGCGUGCAGUACAACGGGAACGGCUCAAAAAUCGUCUCCGUUGGGGAUGAUCAGGAAAUCCACGUUUACGAUUGUCCCGUCUGAGAGUUCCGCUUGCGACAGCUACCGUCUCGGUUGCCCAAAAGUAUUUUGAUACUCUUUUUUUAAAACAAAAAACAUUCAGUCAAGAAAAAUCUUAAUAAGAGGGAAAUCUGAAAAAUAUUUAGGUGGGCGUCUUGCUAUUUUGGUUUUUUUUAAAAAAAUUAUUUUAAAGCUAAAUAAACCCUUGCUGUGGAAUCUGG